AUGGCUGACAUGCACCCCGAGGACAUCAAGGAGGCCUUCUCCCUUUUCGACCUCCAGAACACUGGCAGAAUCGAACCCUCUGCCUUCCAGAACUUUAUCAACAACUUGGGGGAUGAAGAGUUGAAGCGCUCGAUCAACGUCCCCAAUCAUGCCAUCGACAUCAAAGAGUUCAGUGAUAUCAUGAACCGCUACAAUCGCAACCACAACAAGGAUCCCGAGGAGCCCUACCGUCGUGCGUUCAAUUCCAUCAACAAGGAUGGCUCCGGCGCUGUCUCUGCGCAGGAGCUCCGUGUCGCCAUCCAGUCCCUCCUGGGAUCCAGCGUUCUUUCGGAGGCCGAUGUAGACGAGAUUAUCAUGGAAGGGGAUGUCUCUGGAGACGGUCGCAUCACCCUCGAAGAGUUUUUAAAAAUUAUGCAAAAGAGCGAGAAGAAACGUCGUGGCGAACACGUUCUCUAA